AAGUAUAUAAAUACCAGCCAUAAUAAUAUGAUAAACACAAGUACAACUUCAUAUAAAUUACAUAUUAUGGCUUCCACCACAAGACAAUAUUCUUCAACCCUAAUCAUUUCUCUUGUCCUCUCCAUGAACCUCAUGGCAAGUAGUACUAGUAGUCCAGAUGAGCAGGCCAUUAGGCCUGAUCAUUAUUCAAUCCCAAACACUAAUAAUAAUAAUAAUAAGCAGAUGAUCAUGAACCCAAUGAAGGUGAGUUGCCCUAGAGAUGCCUUGAAGCUAGGGGUGUGUGCAAACGUGCUGCAUGGGGCUGUGGGGACGGGGAUAGGGUUGCCCGCGGACCAUUGCUGCUCGGUUCUUGAUGGCCUUGUGGAUCUUGAAGCUGCUGUGUGCCUUUGCACAGCCAUUAAGGCUAACAUUCUUGGAAUCAACAUUAACAUUCCCAUUUCACUCAGCUUGCUCAUCAACACUUGUGGCAUAGACAUGCCAUCCGACUUUCAAUGUGUGUCUGCCUAAUAAUUUUAAUCAAUAACCCAAAUUAAAGUUAUUGAGGAAUUUUAUUUAUAUUUCUGAAUUUGAUAAGUGUGAUUAAUUAAUGUUUGGAUUUUUCUGAAUUUAAGUGAGGCUUUGUGUGAGCUUGAACGAUCUAUCAAUAAUGACAACGUAUGACACUAUAUAUUAUUGGGCUAGCUCCCAUGCUCUGCAGCCAUGCACGUUGAUAAUUUUAUAUUUUUGGUGAUAAUAUUGUUGAUCUAAGCAAAUUCGAAAUAAAGAAAUAUUUUGUUGAUAUAAUGCUGUAAAAUACAGCUAUCUUUGGAUAUUUAGAGGAUGAUGAAAAACAAGAGCUAUAUCAGCUCUCCUCUAUAGCUCAAUUUUUUACAAUAGCCACGUGCAUAUAGUAAUCUUAAUGUCACCAACCAUUUUAUUAUUCUUUUUAUUCCUUUUUCUUU